CGUGUCCAACGAUACACAGCAAAACUACGUUUCCCGUCUACAUUUGGCUUUAUGGUAAUGUUAACGGAUAGCUUGGGCUGUGUCAUUCUGCAAAAACUCUGGAGCUCACUUUAAACAGCUGCUUCGUAUUAGGGAACAAAACACAAAUCCCUGUAUAUUGCUGACAACUGACAGAAAUGUCAGAGACGUCAAGUGAUGCAGAGUCGUCCUGUGGCUGGACCAUUAUCAGUAAUGAGGGCUCAGAUAUUGAGACGUUGGGAUUGGAGGCUGCAGUGGAAUAUGGAGCCGAGCUGUUAGUGCAUCCUUCCUUGGAGGAAGCAGAGUUGCGGGAAAAACAGGCUUCAGCAUCUAAUGCUCAGUGUGUUGAAAAGAAGGUUGCUGAGUUCCUUGAUGAAACUCUGGAACAACAAACCAUAGAUGAGACAUUGUGUGAUUCAGAGGCCGAAGACACCGCAGGGAAACAGCAUGUGACUAUAUUGUCGUCCAGCGAUCACUCAGACAUUGUGACACUUGGAGACUUAAAGGAGGACGAGCAAGCUGAUGCAAUAGAAGAGGUGGCAACAAACAAGGAGUUUUACCUUGGAACGUCCUGCAGCAGCCAGUACGCCUUUACUGCUACAGAAGCUGCAGGGUUGAUGUUGAGUCACUGGAAACUUCCACAGAGUCUUGUGAACUUAGGCUACCAACUGAGAAGUCAGCUCACUGGAGGUCACUCUUUUCCAGUUUUCCCGGGGCAGCAGCCUACAUUGACAAACUCAAGCAGCAGUGAGGAUGAAGGAAGUCGAAGCGCCAGCACUGUUGUCCGAAGACGAAGGUUGAGGAAGAAUACCACGAGCAUUGUCACAGAGCCUGAGGAGGGGGAGGAGGUGCUGGAGUAUGGCCAGAGUGAGGAAGAGGGGGAGGAGGAGGUCAAAAAACAGACGUUGGAGCAGGAGGAGGAAACAGAAAUUAGAAGUCUGGAUAAGCGAAUGCAAGGCCGGGCCAGCAGCAUCCUCAACAGCUGGAUCUUCAUCGCCCUCGUCGUAGCCAUCAGUAUGGGCUUCGGCCACUUCUAUGCAGGACCACGGCAGCAGCUGCAACCACAAUACAGGUGCUACCAUGACGAUCUAUGGAAAUUUGAUGUUGUGAGGGAUCUGAUUCAACAACAUGUUAGAGAGCAAUCUUUUACGAACCAGGUCCAAAGGGGUGAUGAUGACCUAGAUGAGCUGGAUGAGCAAACAGUUAGUUCGCUGCUCACAGAAGUAAUUGAGAAGAUAAAGACAGAGAACCAGGAGCUCAACACCAAACAAGCGCAGAUUCAGGCCCAGAGAGAUAACCUGGAAAUGUUGCUGAAACAGAAGGCUGAGGAGAGGAAUAACAUUGUGUCUCAGCAGCAGAGUUUGACAGCUGAGAACCAGCUGCUGAAAACCUCCCUAGAACGUGAAGAAAAGUCCCUCUCCACCUUACAGGAGGAGCUGAGAAACCUACGCUCUAAGAUUAGAGAUCUGGAGGCUAUGGGAGCUGGUGCUGACUCGCUGCUGUUUGAAAACCAGAAGCUGAAAGACCAGCUGGAGGAGGAGAAACAGCUGAUCCAAAGCUUCCACGUCCAAAGGGGAGACAUGGUGGCUGAAGCGCAGACACUGAAGAAGAAGCUCGAGAAGGAGAAAGCGGUUAUAGGUGAGCUGAGGAGAGAGUUAAAUGUGCUGAGAAGUCACAUCCCCAGAGCUGGGAAAGAAGCCGGUUCAGAACCAGAAGAGCUCCAGUCACGUCUGAUGGAACUGGAGGAGAGACUGAGCUUCGAGCAGCAGCGCUCGGACCUGUGGGAGAGGCUGUACGUGGAAACCAAAGAAGACAGAGUUAAAGGAGACAAAGAGUCCAAAGUGAAAAGAACAAAACAGGGCAUGGCAGGGAAAGUGAGAGAGACAUUUGAUGCUGUGAAGAACUCCACCAAGGAGUUUGUUCAUCACCACAAAGAGCAGAUAAAGAAAGCAAAGGAAGCCGUGAAGGAGAACCUGAGGAAGUUUUCAGAUUCUGUCAAAUUAACUUUCCGACACUUCAAGAAUUCUGCUUCAACCGUCCUCAACAAAGCCAGAGGCUUUUAUGAUAAAAGACAGGACGAGAAGAACACAGAGGAGUCUUGGCAGCACAGAUCCCACAAGCCUCAUCACAGACACCAGCACAAACAUGACUCCUCCGAGAACAACCACAACACUCGAAAAUCAGGAGAUAAAGUCCACCAAGAUCGAGCUCAAAAUGCACACGAGGCCAACUUGAACGGAUGCUACGGCGUUUUUGACUGUGCCUACCAGGAGUCCAUGAGUCUCUUCAACAAAGCCAUGGACCCAAUCAGAGCAGACGAAUUUUACCAGCUGCUGCAGAGCUACCUGCAGCAAGAAGUCGACCACUUCCACCACUGGAAAGAGCUGGAGAUGUUCGUCAACAACUUCUUCCACAAUGGAGUGUUCAUCCACGAGCAGAUGCUGUUCACAGACUUCGUCAGUGGCGUGGAAAACUAUCUGACUGGCAUGCACGAGUAUCACGGCCUUGAUGACGACGUGUUCAGAGAUCUUGAUGACUUUGUCUACCGGCACUUCUUUGGAAAGGCUUACAGAAAAAGCUAUGGCCCAAAUGGGCCAUUUGAAAGACCCGACACAGACUCGAAGGAGCCGAGGGCGAAGCAUCAACAGCGAAAGCAGCAGCGAGCCAGGCCUCGACCACAUGGGGAACGCAAGUGGAGCCGAUCAGGAAGAAAUGCAGACGGGCACAUGGCCGAUGUCAAAAUAGAACUGGGCCCGAUGCCUUUUGAUCCCAAAUACUGAAAAUAUGUCAACGGAUUUAAUAUUAUAGCAGCAAAUUCUCUUUUGGGUUGUAUUUAGAUGCAAUGUCUAGUUUUUUGUAAGUUUGCACAAUGUUAAUGUUUAAUGCUACUGAACGUCCUCGAGCUGUUUUGUGUUUAGUGAAGUUAUUGUUAUGUUUGAGUGGAAGAUGUGUGUGAAUAGAAGGAAUUGAUUUAACAUUUUACAAAUGUGACACUUAUUUUUUGGCUAAUUAUGGAAUUAUGGUUGAAGAUUUCUUUCAGAAACACUUGAUACUUCUCUUCAAACACAAAAUCAUCAUUAAAUUAUUGAGUGGAGAAAUGUUGAUUGGGAAACUUAAAAACGAAAUGGAAAAUAUAGACAUGCCAUAUUUUGGAUUUUUCUGUGUUCAGCCAUGUAGUUGUUUUAAUGUGCUGCUACAAAUACAUGUUUGCGUGACAAUUUAAUUUGUUUUUAAAAUUAAGAUGCAUUUCUAACAUUCCACCUCAAACUUGUUUAAGUUGGACCUGGCUAUUUACGUGUGUUGGGGGAAGAAUUACCUGAAAAAUAAUGUCACCAAAUUUAGUUGUGGAAAAAAAAUGUUAUACAUUUGAGACACAUCUGACAAU